AUGUCGUCCUUCCACGCGCCAGUGCCGGAACAUGGAGCUACUCGGGAUGGAACAAAGAGGUGGCUCUCGCAGAAGACUCGGGAGCUUGGCGAACGGGCUCGGAAGAAGACGCUUGCUGAUAAAGGGUCGAAGCAGGGUGGAGAAGCAGAAGUGAAGUUGGAAUAUGAGCAGCCAGGACAUUAUGAGGCAAGCGUUGCGUCCAGCCCGCCGUUGCCGACCUCGGGCGGAAGAAGAGCACAAAAGUCUCGGUCCAGCAGCACUGAGCCUGAAGAUGUGGAAGUCGGGUAUAAAGUCACAAACCACAGAAGGCGCAUAAAGACGGCGGGUAGAACGCCUGCCAGCGAGCCAUUAGAGCUGGCCGAGCCCCGGAAGCGACUCGGAGGACCUCUGUCUCCCGGAGCCAGUGCAGCAAAACCGGGUCUAGACAGACGUACGGCGUGCUACCUGCGGGUCUUGCGAGACUUGGAAUUGCACGACGAAACAGUCAGUGGCGCCAUCGCGGAGCUUGUCAACUCAAGCUUGAAGGACGUGGUGAUCUCAUCCAAUGUCAUCGUCACGAGCCAGGUGCCACAGAUCGUGGAGCAGCUCCGCCAGAACGGCGUCAGUGCUUCCAAAUGUCAAGAGGUGACGGCUAGGCUGCAGCGUGCUGAGGCAAAGCAGCUUGCGAGGCGCAUCGCAGGCUUAUUCUCCGACCAGGACAUGCUGGACAGCGUGUCUGAUGCGCUUUGCACAGAGCUGGAGAAAACAACGUCGGCCGGGAGCUUGGUCUCUACUCAAUCCAGGAGAUCGGCCUCGCCUCGUGCAGCCUCUAUCCUGACGGCGCUCGCCGGGCCUGACAGCUCGCAAGACCGUCGAGCGCCAAAGCGGGCAAGGACUGCAGCGGCAGACUCGGCGGAUAUUGUGCAGAGAGCGUGCCCACCGUAA